UAGUAGUACCUCCCGAUAACAAAGCGCCUUGUUCUCGUAUUGCUACCUGUAGUAUAAUAAAUAGUACGGCGAGUGGAAGCACCAAACUUUCUUUCACAACUUUAAUACUUACAAAAUACAAGUGUUGGAGCUCUGCCACGGCUGAAGCGAGAUAGAUGAUACCGUCCCGUGGAUAUUGUAGCAGGUCCAAUAAUUGUUUUAUUUGACGCUCGCGAGCCGAGAAUACAUUUCAGCUGUGGUGAAGAAGAACGAUCUUGGAGCAAUGGCUGGUACUAGAAAAUGCAGUUUUCUGUUCUUCAAGUAUGCCUUGGUGCUACUGAAUGCGUUCUACCUUUUGGUCGGCAUCAUCCUCAUCGCAGUGGCUGGAGCUGCCAAGGCGUCGGCAAUGUUCACCAGCCUAUCCCUUCUUGGGGGCAUCGUGGCAUGCGGAGUGUUUGUCCUUCUUGUUGCCAUCCUUGGCCUGGUCGGUGCAUUCAAGCAUCACCAAGUCCUACUGUUCUUUUACAUGAUAUCGUUGCUGAUCAUCUUUCUAAUUCUCUUUUCCGUUUCGGUGGCCGUUCUGGCUCUCACUGGCAGUCAGCGCCAUACAAUUCUGGAGAAGUCCUGGUCAGCAUCUUCCAACUCGACUAAAUCCGAUGUUCAAUCGGCUUUUGACUGCUGUGGCUUUGACUCCAGCUCGCGCAAUGCCACCGAUAAUCUCUUCCACCCUAGCUGUACUGCUGCUCCCAAGGCCCCAGCUUGCGCCAAUCGCACCACUUGCACACCGCCAUUCUUUACCGACGAAACACCCUGCUGCGAUACCUGCUACUCGCACUGGCAGGAAUCAAUAGAGAAGCUGGUCAGGUCGUCGGGCGGCGUUGGCCUCUUCUUCUCGUUCACUGUGGGAGGCGGCAUGAUUUUCACUUACUGCUACAGGAACCGCAAGGACCCGUCUGUCAACCCUCGUGCGUUUCUCUAGUCGUCACUCACUGGCGUUUUUUAGGUUGUCUGCAUACAGCGACACUGUCCAGUUUUUAUCCAAUCCACCGCUUGCCCUGUUGCCUUGCUGUCUGCUACACUCACUCAUGGGAUACCCAGCUGGUUCUGGCAAUGGCCAAUUCUUGCAUGCUCUGAAAUCAGAAAAUUUAACAUAUUUGAAGCUACUGCUAUAUUCUCACACCAGCUGCUUGCAUUAUUUCCGACCUACUGCGGGCCUUUACUGUGCUAUCAUUUACAUACUAUUGUGAACUUGUAAUAAUGUAUUCACUUGUCAUAAUGUCAUCUGUUUUUUUUUUGCUUUUCAUGGAAAUUUGGUUCUUUUGGUGUUGUUUUACUUUUCAUGGAUCCAGUUGGGUCCCAUUGGCAUUUUCUACCUAUUGUCAACAGAUGUGCAUGUCUGCUGCUUCAUGUUUUGCUUGCAUGCUCUUUCUGUGAUCUCUUCCAAUUUAGCGUUACUUGUAUUCUGUUGGUCGCGGCAUGUGAUUUGUCAUCGGAAUUUGCACUGUCCUUGA